UCGUGACGCAGAGUCAGCUGACUGCAGAGGAAGCUUCAAUCCUCCUCACGACCUUCAUCGCUUCGCUGUGUUUCUGCGGUUCUGUUCCAGGUUCUGCUCCCGGUUCUACCUCCAGAAUGGCCAGUCAGUCUCAGGGGAUCCAGCAGCUGCUGCAGGCUGAGAAGAGAGCGGCGGAAAAGGUGGCGGAGGCCCGGAAACGUAAGAACCGGCGUCUGAAGCAGGCGAAGGAGGAGGCCCAGGCUGAGAUUGAACAGUACCGCCUGCAGAGGGAGAAGGAGUUCAAGACCAAGGAAGCUGCUGCUCUCGGUUCCCAUGGUAACAGCGCCGUGGAGGUUGAUCGCGAAACAGUGGAGAGGAUGGCUCGUAUCCAGGACAGUUACCGCGGCAACCGGGAGAAGGUGCUGAACGAGCUGCUGCGACACAUCUGCGACAUCCAGCCGGAGGUUCACGCCAACUAUCGCGUGGCCGGCUGAAAAGGGGGGGCGGAGCCACGUUCAAGGCCCCGAGGGGGGGCGGGGCUUGGUCCGGAUCUGUCGAUGUUAUAUUUCCUGUGCUUAUGUUUACAACGUAUUUAUAUUUUCAAAAAAUAAAACCUGUUUGUUGCUUUAAAUGCUUCCCGAUUUAACAAAAAAAAUAAAAGUCUCCAGCUAAAUCCAGCCAAUCGCGGAACGAGUCUCACAACUCUGCUGUGAUCCGGACGCCUGAUUGGCUGGAAGAAAUGCUCUUAUUGUGAAAGUAGUAAUUCCACAGUGUUUUCCUGUUUGUGACCAUGUGACCUCCUGUUGAUUGUGACGUGAUGAUGAAACAUUAAAGUGAAUGCUGAUUGGUUGAA